UCAUCGGACACUGUCGUCUUUUUCCGGCGAUAUUGGGUCAGUUAGCUAGCCAAGCUGAUUAGCCUGCUACUGCCAGUUAAUGUUUGUAGGAUAUUUAUUGCUAGCUGAAUUGAAGUGGAUGGUACAAAUACUGUAGAAGAAUGGCGGACGUCGAGGGACAAGGAAUUUGUUCAUCGGUCCCUCCGUUGCCUCACCCUUCCUCUCGUAACGGCUCCGGUAGCGGUAACGUUACACCGGGCACCGGCGGCAGCUGCCAGACUGCAACCACCGUUACUUCAGGCCCUCGGCUAGUUCGAAUUGUCAAGUCUGACUCCGGCUACGGUUUCAAUGUUCGGGGACAAGUCAGUGAAGGUGGGCAACUACGGAGCAUUAACGGGGAACUGUACGCUCCACUGCAGCAUGUUAGUGCUGUUCUACCGGGAGGUGCCGCCGACAGAGCCGGUAUUUCGAAGGGGGACAGGAUUCUUGAGGUUAAUGGUGUGAAUGUAGAAGGAGCAACCCACAAGCAGGUGGUGGAUCUGAUCCGGGCCGGAGAGCGAGAGUUGGUGCUGGCCGUGCUGUCUGUACCACCCCAGGAGGCAGACUGCCUGGAUCCCGGAGACGACAUUUCAGCCCAGUCCUGCUAUGACUACUCCGACAAACAGGCGGUUCCCAUCUCUGUGCCGAGCUACAAACACACUGAGCUCAACCAGGAAAAAUUUGUGGUGUAUAACGUGUACAUGGCAGGCAGGCAGCUGUGCUCCAAGCGGUAUCGUGAGUUUGUGAUCCUACACCAAAAUUUGAAGAGGGAGUUUGCCAACUUUACGUUCCCAAAGCUUCCUGGGAAGUGGCCAUUUUCCCUGUCGGAGCAGCAGCUGGACGCACGACGCAGAGGCCUGGAAGAAUACCUGGAGAAAGUGUGCUCUGUACGGGUAAUUGGAGAAAGUGACAUCAUGCAGGAGUUCCUGUCUGAAUCAGAUGAGAACUAUAACGGGGUGUCAGAUGUGGAGUUGAGAAUAGCCAUGCCUGAUAAAACCACACUCACUGUCCGAGUUCGCAAAAACUCCACUACUGACCAGGUCUACCAGGCCGUGGUUAUGAAACUAGGGAUGGACAGUGUAACAGCCAGCUACUUUGCGCUGUUUGAGGUGAUCAACCACACCUUCGUGCGCAAGCUUGCCCCCAACGAGUUCCCCCACAAACUGUAUGUACAGAACUAUACCUCAGCCAUCCCAGGAACAUGCCUCACCCUGCGCAAGUGGCUCUUCACUACAGAAGAGGAGAUCCUGCUCAAUGACAACCAGCUUGCGGUCAACUACUUCUUUCACCAGGCUGUGGAUGAUGUGAAGAAAGGCUUCAUCAAAACGGAGCAGAAGUCCUACCAGCUGCAGAAGCUGGCGGAGCAGAAGAAGAUGUCCAUGUAUCUGAGUUUGUUGAGGGGUUGCGAUGGCUACAAUGAGAUUAUAUUCCCCCACUGUUCCUGCGACUCCCGACGUAAAGGCCACGUCAUCACAGCCAUCAGCAUUCACCACUUCAAGCUGCACGCCUGCACUGAGGAAGGGACACUCGAGAACCAGGUGAUAGCGUUUGACUGGGGGGAGAUGCAGAGGUGGGACACGGAUGAAGAGGGCAUGGCCUUCUGUUUUGAAUAUGCACGAGGAGAGAAGAAACCACGCUGGGUCAAGAUAUUUACACCCUAUUUUAACUACAUGCACGAGUGCUUCGAGAGAGUUUUCUGUGAGCUGAAGUGGAGGAAGGAGGUGGAAGAGGAAGCCACAGACAAGGACAAUAAAAACUGCAGUAAAGAUGUUUGUGUGUGUUCGUCCCGACUGCUGUUCUCUUGCAGAAUAUUUUCCAGCUACUGAGGCACAGAAGGGAUGGAGGCACCUAGGAAGGGAGAUCAUUACCUCUUAAAAGGACGCCAUCGUCAGCGACUCAGCUCAGUUCGGCCCUCGUUUAGCUCCAGACCCAGCGACACUCAGCUAUUAACCACAUGGUCAUCAUUUACAUCCCAUCAGCUACAACCCGAGAGGCUACACCUGAUACAUGCAAACCAACAAGCAUCAGCAACUGAACAAAUCCAGUAAACGGAAGCAUUUAAAACUACAGACACAUGAACCAGAACUCGAUUCCAGUUCGUCAUAAUCAUGUAUUAAGCAGAGUUCUGUCAAAAGGAAACAAGACAUCGAUUCACUUAAAGUCAUGGAUUGAUGCAAACCUUCUUCUUACUGGCAGGGACUUGAAGUGAAAUGUGACUUGAACAUGAGGAGGUUCAAAGUCCUACUGGACAGAAAACGCUGAAGUGAGCGAGGAAAUAUCAGUGGAAUAACAAGGGAAUGUCAAAGCUUUGUUAAUGCUCGUAAAGGAGGACACACCUAACACAUGAUCAGCGAUACUGUGGGUUGAUCACAGGAAGACACUUAGCUUCUCAAUUUAUGGAUCAGAGCAGCUGGGUCUUCUUUCUGUUUUUGGCCAGUUGUUAGUGUGCAAGUGUGUUUGUGCAUAUUAACAACAUGUGCAGAUCCCCCCACCCCUCAGCUGAAUUGUGUCACAUACAUAAAUUAUCAUCUGUUUGUUGCUAAAUUAGCAUUUAUAAAAGAAAACCCUUAUCAGUGUAAUGUGGCAGGUGAGAGAAGCUAUAGAGGAAGCAGACAUUUCAGUGGGGGUAUUCGACACGUUUUUCAUCCAGAGAUUUGGCUGCGCAGAGCACACAGCUGUGAGGAUUUGACACAUGAGCAGGAACACGUUAAUCUGUAGACUAAUGUUGCACUUUAUCCAACAGUAUUAACAACCUCCAAAUGUGGGAAAUGUAAUCGAAGAAACAGGUAGUGGGCAUAAUACUGGAAUUAGCCUGCACUUAGUUUACAUUCAUGUUUGACUGACUGACUACAGUAUGAUCAUGUACUGCAUUAUCAAAUGGUAUGUGCAGUGUCCGGAGCCAUGCUUUAAGUGUUUCUUUAUUUAUAGUAUUAUGCAAACACUCCAUGCUAAUGUUCUGAGGCCAUUAUAGAGCUGCAGAGAUGUGGUGCGCUGAUCAGACAGAUCAGAAUUCCUGUAUGUUUAGUGUGCAUUACCCACAUGAAACAGCAGGGGUCCUUCUCUUCCUGCGUGCACUCUUGUAGGCAGUGACUUACUUUGUUUCUGAGAACUCCCGGAGGAUUUAUAAUAGGGCUGUAAUUUACUUCGCUUGUGCACUCCACAUUCAGGUUAAGUGGGAACAGGAUUUCUUAGCGAAACGUGCAGCUUGCACUCGUCAUCAACAUAUUAGAUAUGAAGAUAAGUGCACAUUCACUCCAGGCUUUGUAGCAACUGAUCACUUAACUGCAGUGUGAUGUAAUAAUAAACAGUGUAAUGUAAUGUCCCUCUAAAUGAGCCCAGUUAAUGUUCUCAUUCUUAGAAUAAUGUACUGAUAAGAAUUUAAUAACAUAAUUAUCUGAUGAUACAAUGGUGACUUCAGACUGUCAAAUAAAUAAAACAUAAAGUGAUUACAUUUUAUUACACAUUAAACCUCCACACUCUUAAUGCUGACAUUAAAUAUUAAUCAUUAUUAUGACCUUAUUCAUCAAAUCUAAAUAGCAUUACUGCAUUAUCAGCUCAUUUAGAAAGACAUUUUUCUUACAUUCUUAGUUCUUAGUUCAUCUCAGAGAUGUUACACGUUUAUUUGCUACUGGCUUUUACAAGCCAGUUAGUGCUCGGUGAUAUGGUUGAUCUUCAUGAUAGUAAUAAGAAUAUUUUUUUUUUAUUGCUGUCACAUUUAAAAUAAUCCAACUAAUGCUCAAAGCAAAGAUAAGGUGAUGCGAUCCCAUUAUGAUGCAAUAUGGUGAAUGUCAGUAAAUCAUAAUGUUCUAUUAUCGCCCAGUCCAAACUCCUAUUUAGAACCUAAUGGAAUUAACAACAGUAUUUUUUGCUAUCUGCAAGCAACUAUGGAGUCAGCUUUACAUCAGUGGCUCGUACUAAGUGCUUGUUAUAAUGAUGGUGGUCUUUAUGAAAGUCGUUUUGGCUGACGAAUGUGCUUCAACAGACCUUGGUGGGCAUGUAAAAGGUUUAAUUGAAUGUGUUGAGCUUUGAAUUGGGAAAUUGAAUGUGCAAGGCCGAACGCAUUUCCCAGGAUUCUUGUCUUGUUUACUGGACCAUGUCUGACGUGUUCGAUUGUCUGACAUUGUCUGAUCUGCCCACCUUCAAGUGGGUCCCCUUCCCCCCUCUUUCUCUCUCUCUCUCUUUCUCUGUCUCUCUCUUUCUGACUAAAGUUAAGUGUUACUAACAUUAUUUAUUUCAGUAAGAUACAACGUUAAUUCACUGUUUCUGUUAAAUUUUUCACCUGAUGUGGUUUGGCUUUCAGAGAGCCACACGAAGAAGAGGAUGAAGAUUGAAAACCUGCAGAUUCUUUCACAUGUUGAAAUGUAAAAAUUAAAAUUAAGACAAAGUGUUUGAUUACGUCGCUUACUGUAAUAAAUUGUAACAUAUUCUUUUAAAUAAACCGAUUUAUUGAUGCAAAGUUA